UAUGUAGCAACAACAUUUCAAUUGAAUGUGUCUCUAUGUCCGACAACAGACACAACACCGAUACAAAUAAUUACAUUUUAAUAUAAAUUUUUAAAAAAAUUAUUACCAAUAUCGACGUGUCAGAAUCAAUCAGGUCCAUGUGUUAUUUCUAUGUUUGAGUACUUAUAAUUCAUAGUUUCACUUUCACCUCAAUGCUAUGCUAUGGUAGCUAAAACUAAAAUUUAUUGCAGGGGACAACUACAUAUUUGAGAGAGUGGUAGAAGUGUCAUUGUGACAGUUCCUAUUAAUCUAUCUAUCUAUCUAUUCCAAUUCCAAUUCCAAUUCAUUGAAAGCUUAGCUUAGUUCCACUUGAGCUUUCUUUCCACAAAUCACUCUUGCAAAGAAAACCUUUGUAUCACCAACUCUAGCUUUAAUCUUCAAGUUCAACUAUCACACUUCACAUACAACAACAUAUCUCUAAAAGCACUUAAAAAAAAAUCACUUCUUCUAUUGUUUCUAAUCCAAACAACCACCAAUCAUCAUAAUUCUACUUUGUUGUCUAUAUUAUACUUUCAAUCUUUAGCAUAAUUCAAUCUCUCAAACCAAGUUUAAGAGCACAAUGGAAUCUGAAAAUGGUGUUGUUAUGGAAGAUGAGAAACAUGUUAUUGGAGAAACAACUAAGGAGAGUUUACAGAAAGAAAUUGAAGAGAAUUUAAAUGCAGAAAUUCAACCCAAGAAUGAAGUAUCUCAAUCCAUAGUUGAAAUUGAUGGCAACAAUUCUGCAGUUAGUAAAAUCUCCAAACAUGCCAAGGAACAUGGUUCCAAAAGUGGCGUUGCAUCAAAGAACACUAAAUCUGCUACCAAAGAUAAAUCAAAUUUGAAGGCAACAACUUCAUCAUCUCAAACACAAAGACAACAAAACCUUUCCAAGAGCCUUACUUUCCCAUCGAAAAUAGCUCGUGUCGAUGCUAUGAAGAAAAGCACUGAUGGAAUUCUUCUGAAGAAAGAAAAUAAGAAUGUUCAAGCUGUGUCUUCAACUAUUCAUUCAAGAAAGUUGACAAACUCAAAAGUGAACUCAAAGGAGGCAAAAACAAACCAUGGAAAUUCUAAACAAAUUACUUCUUUAAAAUCCAAUAAUAGCUUUAAAAAUUCUGAGCUUGGAAGGGCUUCCAAUGUGAAUGCAGUUGCUAAGAGCCAUACAUCCGAGGCAUCGUUACCUAUUGAUCAGAAUUCAAACCCUGCAAAAAGUGAAAAGCCGAAUAAAGAAGACGAUGAUGUUCAUUCUACAACCUCAAGUCUUACUCCUCGUAGGAAAAGCAAUGGUUUUGGAUUUUCGUUUAGAUUGGAAGAACGAGCUGAAAAAAGAAAAGAGUUCUUCUCAAAGUUAGAAGAGAAAAUUCAGGAAAAGGAAGCUGAGAAAAGCAAUCUACAAGAGAAAUCGAAGGAAAGCCAGGAGGCAGAGAUCAAGAAAUUAAGAAAGAAGAUGACAUUCAAAGCAGCUCCAAUGCCAAGUUUCUAUAAGGAACCUCCUCCAAAAGUUGAACUGAAAAAGAUACCUACAACACGCCCAAAAUCACCAAAGCUCGGAAGAAACAAGGGAUCUGUUGUGAACAACAACAACAACAACAACUCCGAAGAUAAGUCUAGUUCUAUCCUACAUGAAAAGCAACAGCAGAAUGAUUCAACCAAGGCAAAGACAAAGGGUUAUAAAGAUGUAAGUUCAAAGAAACCAAUAAAAAAAACUCAAGCUAAGAUACAAUCUCAGGAAAUUGCAGUCACAAAAACAGAAUUGGAUUCUGCAAGGUCUACUGCAAAUGAAGGCUCAAUAAUAAUCAACCAAGAUGCAAAUGCAGAUAUAAGAGAAAGCAUUGAAGAAUGUAAAGAUCCACCUGUUGACAUUUCUGAAUAUCAAAAUGGGGUGGAACUAGAAUCACAAAAUGAUCUUGAUCAUAACAGUGAACUGGUUUUAAUUGAAUCCACACCAGAAAUACCAGAAAUUGUAUCCUAUGAAGUUACUGUUGGAGUGUAGAUUGGUGUAUCAGGGUGGAGAGUAAUUAUGUAAACUCAUGAUUCCUUAUUACCAGUUUAUUUCAUUAUUAUUGUGCAUAUAGAGGUUGCUUCAUGUGUCAUCAGAAACAUGUAUUGCAAUGAAGAUAAUUGUUUCUUGUAUUAAAAUUAUUAUUGUUUGUAAUGAAUAGUAAGAAAGCCUUGUUAAUUUGUGAUUAAGAAA